GUCUGAGUGCCUUUCUGAUACACUAGACUAACACAUCCAUCCAAGAUGUCAUCGGAUUAUACUCCUCUUAUCAUCGAUAGUGGAUUUUUGUCCGAUUCGAAAAAGAUCAUCAGAGAAAGAAUCAUCCCAUGGGAAGGUUUGUCCAGAUCCGGCGUCAUCUCCGAAGACGAUGCCAACCACAUCAAGAUCUUGGAAAAACAAUCCCCUGAAAACAAGAAGUCCACCAUCUUAUCCCAAUUAGAUUUGUAUACCAACACCAUUUUGAAUGUUUUGAAUAAAUUGGAAGUUAAUGAAAAGGAUGACGUGUUGAAAAACGUCUUGACCUUGAUCAACGACACCUUGUUAAACUUGCCAGGACAAGAAUUCAUUGACUCCUUAUUGAAGUUAUCACUGGUUGACAGUUCAUUGCCAUACGAUCCAUUCUUGAAGCACUUGGAAAGCAAGGACAACAUCAUCAAAUCCUUAUCCUUAUACAACUUGGUGAUUUUACUUUCCAAGGCUAGCAAGACCGACGUGGCCUCAAAGGUUGAUAGAGAAGUGAUCAUCAAGAUAUUCGAUGUGUUGUCUUCUUCCCAUUUUCUCUCCAACAAGGAAACAAACUACCAAUUCAUCGGUAUUCAAUUGUUGCUCGAAUUAUUGAUUUCGAAGACAUACAAGGCCAUCUUUGAAAAGUCUAGUUUAGUUUCUCACUACAAGCCUAUCAACGAGUUAAUCACCCUUCUGGCUAAAAGCCCAAACUCCUCUGGCUUACAGUUAUCCUACAACUUGUUAUUGACCACUUGGGUGUUGUCCUUCAGUGGGCCAAUCAACAAGGCAUUGGUGCACCACUUCCCAGAUUUGAUUGGAAGUUUGCUCAUUAUCGCCAAGGACUCUAUCAAGUUGAAGAUUGUUAGAAUCUCGGUUGGCAUUUUGAAGAACUUUAUUUCUGUCACUACCUCUGAAUCGGAACAAUUCAAGACCAUCAAAUUAUUGUUGUUCCACGAUGGCUUGGCUGCCAUCAACCUUUUGAAGGAAAGAAAGUUUGCUUCAAAUGGUGGUGAUGCAGAACUUUCGUCCGACUUGGCUUACUUAUCCGACAACUUGAACGAGAUCGUCAAGACUAGAUUGACGUCCUUGGACGAAUACUUGACCGAAUUGGAAAACCCCAACUUGAUCAGCUGGUCAUCUCCAACCCACAAGUCCAGCGAUUUCUGGUUUGAGAACUCUGGAAAAUUCAAAGACUCCUCGUUCAAAUUGGUCAAGAAGAUCUUCGAAGUCUUGUCCUCUGACGAAUACAACAGUGCAUCGACCAGAGUGAUUUUGUUGAAUGAUCUCCAAUUCUUGAUCAAGAACAUAGGCCAAGACUUGAUCAACUUCAUUAACACUGAAAAGGGCGGACAAUACAAGUUAUUGAUCAUGCAGUUCUUAGACGAUAACAACGGUGACAACGAAUUGAAGUACGAGGCUUUAAGAACCAUCCAGUUGUUGGUUGGACACAGUUUCUGAGCCACCGGUCAGUAUAAAAUUUAAUUCUCUAGUAAUCUUGAUUCAAUUUAUUUCAUCUAGAUAGAAUGUGUAGCCAGCGACUCCACCGCGAACCCCGCCGCUAGAGUGUGCCAGAUCGAGAGUG